AUGCAGCCACUCCUGCUAUUGUUAGCAUUUCUGCUGCCUCCUAAGACUGGGACAGGAAACAUCAUCGGAGGACAUGAGGCCAAGCCCCACUCCUGCCCCUACACGGUGUUUGUUCAGUUUCUGCUUGAGAACAAAAAGAAGAGGUGUGGCGGUGUCCUCGUGCUAGAGGACUUUGUUCUGAUGGCUGCUCACUGCUGGGGAAGAGUAAUCAGUGUCACCCUUGGGGUCCACAACAUCCAGAAGCAGGGGAAGACCCAGCAGGUCAUGACUGUGAGACAAGCCAUCCGCCACCCAGACUAUAAUCCUAAGAACCUCUCUUAUGACAUCAUGUUACUAAAGCUGGAGAGAAAGGCCCAGCAGACUGCAGCUGUGAGGCCCCUCAGCCUGUCCAGGGGCAAGACCCAGGGGGACUCCGGAGGCCCCCUCAUCUGCAACAAGCUGUUCCAGGGUAUUCUCUCCUAUGGAGAAAACAACGGGAACCCUCCAGGAGUCUUCAUGAAGGUCUCACAAUUUCUGCCCUGGAUAAAGUCAACAAUGAAGCGCUUCCAACAGCAGGCAGGACGCUGA